UACUCGUACUGAUUAGUUCAUGAUGUAAUGUUUGUAGUUUGGUGUUCGUCCUGAUCGGCUUACGUUGUAAUAUUUGAUAUCAAACACAGUUGUUGUCAUGAUCUUUAGAUGUUCUUACAGUUUUUGAUACUGAAGUGAACGUAUACCAAUGAAGACAAACCACCCUGUUAUUCUCAAUGCUAUCAUUGCUACUAAAUGUUAAUUUGAAAUCGUAGUAUUAAAUAUGUUGCCUGAAAAGAAAAAUCACUUGUACGACAUAUAUUGUCUUCUUGUAGUGACCUUUGACGUCUAAUGGAUCAGAACGUAUGUGGUGACUAUCCACCAAGCAUCCCUCUUUAGAUCGACCCCUGUCUCACCUCAUAAACGUUUAUUUAUUGAAGUUAAUGAAACAGGAUAAUGGCGACAUGAUGAUGGAACAUGACGGUGACCGUGAUGUCGCAAUCAACCUCUCAACCCAUCAACCUUCGAAAUCUGGUUUGGCCAAUGGUAUGACAAAAAGCGAUGAAAAUGAUAAGCAUCCAAGGACUCAAGAAGUUGAAAAAACCAAGAAACAAACUUCCGAUAGCGUAGAAGAAAACGGGGAUCACGUAUCUCCACUGUUGAUGAUGAAUUCGCAGCUGCUGGCCCAACAUCAAAUGCAGCAGCUGCUUCAGCAACAACUUCUUUCGCCAGGUCAACUACAGCAGCUGCUGCAGCAACAACAGUCCCUUUUCCUGCAACAGCAGCACCAGGAUCAACACCAACAUCAACAAAUGAAACAACUGGAAUCAGUUAUUCCUCACCUCCAAGAACAGUUACAGUUUAAUAUGCUCCAACAAGGUCAAAUUCUCCAGCAGCUAAACAAUUUGAACACCAACAGUGUUGGAGACAAAGCAAAAAACAGCAAACACCAAUUACAAAUGCAACUUCAACAGCUUGUUCUGCAGCAGCAACAGUUGAUGCAACAUUUACAGAUGUCACAGAGACAGUACUUGUUAGGCCUACCGCCAGUUCUCUGGCCUCAAGGCCUUACGUCCAAUGACCUACAGACGGCGUGGAAAGAUGGUGCCUCUGGUGUCGAUGUUGGAAUAUUGAAGGACUGUUUCAAUGGCUUGCUUCAGCCAAACUCUUUAGCCAUGUCGCCACUGUCCAACACCAACGCCCAUCAUUUCUUAAACGGCCAGAAUAAUAAUUCGGGAACAGAAUCGGCAUCGUCCACUCCUCUUACUGGUCAGCGCAGCCCCACCGCUUCUCCAAAGGAUGACGGAAUUCAGAAAAACCACGCUUUGUAUGGACACGGUGUCUGCAAGUGGCCUGGUUGCGAGGCUGCCUAUGAUGACUACCAAGAAUUUCUUAAGCACUUGAAUUCUGAACACCAACUAGAUGAUCGAAGCACUGCACAGGCCCGAGUUCAACUUCAGGUCGUAUCUCAGUUGGAGAUUCAACUGACCAAAGAAAAGGAACGACUUCAAGCCAUGAUGCAGCAUCUUCAUAUGAAGACAGCUUCUACGCUGUCUCCAGACUCUUCCCAGAAAGACAGUUUAUUAACAUCAGUGACCAAACCAUUGCCCACGUCGCCACACUUGUCCAUUACGCCCAUUACCCUUCCGACUUCAGGGAACCUUUUUUCUGUUGCCAUGACAUCGAUAGCUCAAAGCACACCUCACAUGGCCAUUCCUCCCAGGCUAAUCCCACCCCUCUCUCAAUCCUUACAUCACACCCCCGGGAUUAGCGCUGGCUCGGGAGGCCGAUGGACCAACGACAAAGGAGGACUCAAUAUUCCAGAGUCUCCGGUGCGGAGAAGAGUAGCCGAGAGAGCUAAUCUAGACAUAAAUGACGAAAUUCAGAGAAAUAGAGAGUUUUACAAGAUGGCGGAAGUUAGACCUCCUUUCACUUAUGCAUCAUUGAUUAGGCAGGCUAUCAUCGAAUCUCCGGACAAGCAACUGACACUCAACGAAAUAUACACUUGGUUCCAGAAUACAUUCUGUUAUUUCAGGAAAAACUCGGCAACCUGGAAGAAUGCAGUGCGUCACAACCUAAGCCUUCACAAAUGUUUUAUGCGUGUCGAGAACGUAAAAGGGGCGGUGUGGACAGUGGAUGAACUAGAAUUCUACAAACGGCGGCCACAACGUAUACAGGAACGUAUUGCUGGUUUACAGCUAGGAUCAGCAAGUUCCUCUCAAGAAGACCGAAGUCCUACUCUGCAGCAACAUCCAGGAUUGUAUGGCGAAAAUCUUAAUGCCUCCUUACAGGCUGCACUUGCAGAAAGUAAUCUUGCUUUUCUGAAAACCACAACAUCGGGAAAUAGUAGUGUUACCUCUGCUAUCAUGUCCACUCCUCCUCGAUCAGCUAUCUCUCCCUCUUCUUCAAUGAUGGUUAGGGUUAGUGAAGGAUUCAGUAGCAACUUGAUGAUUCAAGGUCUGAAUGGAGAUAGUCUUACAAGCAGUCAUUCAACAAAUGGAAUCCAAGUAAAAGAUGAACCGAUAGUAGAAGAACCACCAGACACAGAAGAAAGUUCAGAUAGUAACCACCAGAGGGCAGCUUUCCCUCACAUCUCCAGAAAUGGUGGCCACAGAGAAGAAGAAAUACCUGUUGAAAUGGACGAAGCAGAAGAUCUGUCAUUCCCUUCCAAUCACACCUCGGAUAAAUCUCCUAACUCUUGUCUCUAAGUAUUUGCAUUUCGACACACAUUAAACCAUACUAAACGGGCAAUAUUACGGCAAUGGACACAGCUACAUUAUAGGAUAAUCUAAUGGACUUUUCUUCCACAAAGUUUUUGUCUGCCCUAACCAUAUCCAGCAGUAUCGUUCAUUUAGCAACUACAGCAUCACACAACCACAACACAGUAAAUGUGGCAUAACUGUAUUAUGAGGAACCCAGUUCAAGGUAAAAUCAUAACACCACAGUACGGUUUACUAAUAUGUACACUUCAGUAUACCAGUAACACAGACUGCAUAUCUUGCCAUAUUCGUGUACUACAAGUAACACAAAUGAACACUAUUAUACCACAUUAACGUCAAUAACACAAGUCUAAUUACUUGUGCAUUACUGUAGUAAUAUUGGCAACACAAGUGUAAUUACUAUCAUGUUACAUAAACAGCACAUGUAUAGAUAUACCAUUACACUACAACAAUAAGGAUAACACAAAUAUUAUUACUACAAUAUUACAGUUGUAGAACUUGCCUAAAUAUAUCAUUAUGCUACAUUAAUAUCAAUAACACAAGUUCUAAUUAUUACCAUAUUACAACAAUAGCACUAGUAGAUAUAAAAGUGAAUAACAGUCUGAUAUUGUUACCGAUGCUAUAACACAACAAUAACAUCUAUGACAUAUUUAGUACAGUUGUUACAAUAGUCAUAUCUAAGCUAACAUUACUGCUUAGAGACAACUGAAGAGUUUAAACAAAUUCAAUUUUUAAAAUAAUGUAGUCUUUUGUUUUUUAUUACAACAUUUACAUAUUUUUUUCAAGUGCAAGAAUUUCACUUAAAUUGGUUUGAAUAAGAACUCUAGAUCCAAUAGACAUACCUAAUUUUACUAGGUAAUAUUUUGUAGUGACUUCAGACACCAAGAUCUCUUCCAUUUUAUUAGUUUUGUAAUAUCACAGGUAUUUGUUUUGUGGAGGUUUUUUAUAUAAACCAAUUACUAUCCAGUUUACAAAAAACAUUCAACUUACUGCCACAGAAAUCUGUGCUGGCAUUGUGGAUUCUGAGAUUUUGAUGUUACCGAAAGAAAGCUACAGCACCUGUACAACUAGUAUUCUGAUCCUGCCAGGACCUACUCCAACUCUAACAGUUAGUGUGAGAAAACUGGAAAAAUAAUACAAAUCAAUAUUAUAAGGGAUCAUGUUCCUGCUAGUGAUCUGGUGUAAAUGAGCACAUUAUUGUGGGAAGAACCUAGUUAUAUGUAUGGUUUGUAAAAGAUCCUAAUCCUGCCAAUAUGUCUUGAGUUACACAACACAUCAAAUUUUGUGUGAACAAUCUUCAGCUCCUGUAUAGACUGUAGAAGAUGCUGUUGCUAGUACUGUGCCCCGGAGUACUUUACAAUUAGCGAAAUGUGUGAACUUACUGUAUAAGUGAAAAGAUACUGAAACUGUGACAAAUGCAGCAGUUUGGGGGACUGAUAAAUUUAAGCUGUGUUCAGCACAUGUUAAAUUACCCGAUACAUGGUGAUCCGUUAGAUAGUUGUGAAACGCAGUUAGUGCAGUAACCUCUUAGUGUGCUUGUCGUGAAACAGCCUCAGAUUUGGGUGUGCUCUGUAGCAGCUAAGUGUAAGUGAAUGCAUUGUGGAGCAUCUACAUCUUAUAUAAAACUUUAUUCAUACUGGUAUAUUUCAAUGAUGAAAAAUACAACCAUAGAAGACUACGUUUUCUACUCAUAAAUCUGUUGGCAUAUUUCGCUGUUGCGUGAUUACUACUAAGAGAAUUAUGGAACAUUUAAAUAAUUUGUGGAAGAGAUCUGAGCUAAUAUGUACAGUACAUGCAACUUAAAGGUUGAAAGACAAAUCACCAUUACAAAAUAACGUGGGACCUUAUUGUUGUGUCUUAUGGUCAUGUUAAAUACACCAAGUAAGUGGAGUACUGUAGAAACCUGUGGCAACACAAAUAUAUACACAAUGUGUUACACAAAUUCUUUUAAGCACAUUUUACAAAGAAAAACUUGUUCUGAAGGCGUGAUGAAACGUAUACAUCCAAAAAUCAAGUCUGGUUACUCUGAGAGGAUGAAGAUGUGUCAUAUGGUGUGUUGAGAUUUUGGUAAUCCAGUGAAACUUUUCAUAAAUUCUCAUGUCAAGGCUAGGAAGAGAAUAACUUAAUGCAUAAGUGACAGUGUAGUUCAGUAUCUAGAUCAUCAGUGUGUAAUAGAGGAAACGAGUGAAGUUUUCAUUCCUAGUAUGUGUAAAGUCAUAGUUAUAUUAAUGUUACUUGUAUGUGCCUGUCUCUAUAAUAGAUCUGUUGUCCUGUUCACACUUCUUUCUAAAGUAUGUGAAAAUUACCAACGUGUAAAAUUUUCUUCUAAAAACAGAACUCAUUUACAUCUAGCACCACUUCUGAAAUUAAGAGUUGAACAAGAAAAAAUUCAGUAGCCACAGCUGAAGAUUUUAUCAAUUUUAAGCAGUGUAAAACUAUCUUUCCAUAAAGGCUUGAAUUCUAUUGUAAUCAUUCAGUUCACUCUCUAAACUUGUUUGCAUGCCCAUAUAAACUGGGCCAGAGUGAGUUUAGUGAACUGUAUUUUAAAAAAUAUUGUGUUAGUUGAGUUUCAUUGUUAAUUUGUUCUAUGUGGUAUAAACAAAACAUAAAUAGAUUUAAGAUGUAUUUACUAGUUUUUUACUAUUGUAAGUUAAGGCUUAAAAUGAUGUAUACUGAGUGAAUGAUAAUAAGUUCACACAGAAUUAUUCUGUAAGAAGGAAUUUUUUGUUCCUUUUUUAUUACUGAGAGCUGGAAAAUACAACCCAAAUGCUGGUAGAGGAAGUAACUAUAAAGUUUGUAUUAUUCUGGUGUGCUGAGUGAAACAAGAGACCCAUUUAGUUUGAUUUCCUGAAGUAAAAAACCUAACCUAGAAUUGGAAUAUUAUAGUGUAAAUUUUGUAAAAAAUUCAGAAUAUAUUUACUACAACGAAAGAUAUUAUGCAAAAAAAAGAAUAUGUUUAAAUUUUUUAUGACUUUUGAAGUAAAUAAUUCUUGCAAUUCAGUGCAUCACAUAUCCUUCAUUUCUGAAAUUGAAAAUACUCCUGGAGAAUAUUGCAUUACUCUUAAAAAAUUAAAACACGUUUAAUGUGAAAUACAAUUGUUCCCUUUACUUUAUCAUAGGUCUAACUAGAAUUUGAGGAAAAAGCUGGGUCACUGUUAAUCAGUGCAAUGUAAAGGUAUUCCCCAUAGGGUGUGUCAAGAAACAAAGAAUCUGUAUACUUUUAGUCAGUUUCACCAAAGAUAAUUAUAUGGUACUACUGUUAUUAAGGUUACACUAUAUAUUGAGGGUCACAUACUUAAGGAAGUUUACAAAGGGUUGUGAAUAGUAUAUUUUAUAUGCAAGAUUUCAAAACAAAAAUAUAUGGAAUGUGGGAUUAGUAAUUCAUGGACUCACAUUCUGCAAUUUCUUAUAUUCUUAGUGAGUAACUUACUAGAUAUAUUUGCAGGAAAUCUGUUAUCAUGACUGUAUAAUUAAGUUACUAUUACAUAGGACAACAAAAUAAAGACUGUAUAUCUAUACAUCCAUGAACAAGACUUGAUCCACUUGUAACCUAAGAUAAGACUGCUAGUUACAGCUUACAUUUGGUUUUAAAAUUUAUCCAAGAUGUUUGAAAUGAUGUUUUAUUUUGAGAUGUAAUUUCCACAUUUAUCAGUCACAUGGAAACAAUUUUUUAAACUAUUUUUGCUGUGAAAGGGAGUGUUGACUGAUGUCAAAGAACAUAGUUGAUUCUUUUUCAAUAUAAACGAAAGAAUCAGUUUAAAAACUAAUUAGAAGUUCUACGACAUUUCAUUAAAAAAACAUUUAUGUAAU